AUGUCGCCCCACACGGAGUGUCUCGCGGUAGGAGCAGCAGCUAGUUCUGUUUCGCCUGACGACGCCGCGUGCGUCGCUAUGCCCGGCGGCAGCACCCCGCCCGCGUCGCUGCCGGACCACAUUCUGCUGCGUUGCCUCGCCGCCGUGCCCUUCCCGCUCUACCGCUCGCUGCACGCCGUUUGCGCCGCGUGGCGCCACCUCGCGGACCCCCUCGCGCUGCACCAGAUCCGCCGUGUGGAGGGACUGACGGAGCUGUGGCGCGUGGACCUCGAGAACGAGUACCGCGACGCCGCCUUCCAGGGGCUCGCCGGCAAAGCCCGCCGCCACCUCUCGCGCCCGCAGCCGCCUCGCGGACUGGCGCGGCAGCGGAGCAGCAGCAGCAACGACAUGAACCGAAUCGACAUGAGCGCUUGCGCCCAUGCGGACGCCGCCGCGCCCUGCGGCAGGUGCCGCACGAGCGAGGACGCGAGCGACGUGCGCGUGGCGCCGCUGGCGGGCCCUCUCCGCCUGCAGUACGGCGCCGUCGGAAUUCCGAACGAGCCCGAGCUGCUCGUGCUGGGCGGGCGCUCGCCGUUCCCCGUGUUCUGCCGCGAGGUGGUGCGCGCAUACGCGGACGCGCACGCAUACAACGCGCUCACCGACUCGUGGCGCGUCCUCGCGCCCAUGCCCACCGCCCGAUUCGCGUUUGGCGUCGCCGCGUGGACGCACCCCUCCACUCGUCAGACCUACGUGGCAGUAGCUGGUGGCUAUGCAUCCAGUGGGGAGGCUUUAUUUGAUGCUGAGCUGUACCACGUCAGCAGCAACACGUGGACUACCCUGCCACCCCUCACAGUAAGAGCCACUGUGCACCGCACAGCUACCGCGUGGCCACUGCGCCUGCUUGGACUGCUGUGUGAGAAUUCACUGAUGAGGCCAGUGUGCUCAAUGCAUGCGCACAAGUAUCCCGCCAGCUCCAUUGCCUCCUCUCCAACUCGCUCGCCUGCCCCUCUUUCACUGCCCACAUCGUUGACCAGCUCGUCACUGCUUCCUCAUGCUCUCUUCCCCCCCCAUCUCGCCCAUGCGCGGCAGCACGCCAGUGGAGCAUGCAGGGCGGUGGUGCACGGCAACCAGCUCAUCGUGGCGCAGCGCACUGGCGGCCCCGCCGAGUCCCUCGACCUGGCCGCUCUGCUCUCCUCCCCACUCCGCACCUCUCCGCCCUCCCUUGAUGCCAUAGCUCAGAGUGUGACGUGGCAGCAGGAGACGGCUGAGACGAGGGACAGGCUGGUGGUGCCGCCCAGCCAGCAGCAGCACCAGCAGAAUGGACGAGCACCAGCCAGCCAGAAUGGAGGGGGUGCUUCAGAGAAUGGGAACUCUUGCUGGGAGUCUGUAUUUAUUUGGCUGUAA